AGGGAAAGAACCAUGUAACAUAUUCCGACAUAUGUUCUGUCCCUUUGCUCUUGUCAUGUCAUGGGUGACAGAGCUCAAAUAGGAACCAUUUCACGACAGACCUAUAGGCUGACUAUAUAGUCUACCAUAAAGAGAAUUUGAUGUUAAUUUCCAUAGGUUGUUUUUUUUUAAAUAGAGUGUGACUGUUUAGGACCUACAGAUUUAUGAAACAUUUUGGAUUACCUACGUUUACACCUUCUGUCUUUGAGGAGCUGAAUAUUUUUCAAUGGUAGGAUGACAAUGUUUUUCCUAAAUAUGAAUAGGACAACACUGUGGGCAGUUUUAAUUGUGAUGUUGAGCAGUAUUGAAUUAAGUGAUUCUCAAACGGAUGGUGAUACAAAUCCAGACACAACCAAGGUGCCUCCGACUCAGGGGAUGAGUGAUCAGCUGGUGACCGUCAAUGUGGUUUCGAACAUAGGUAGACCAGGAGCGCUUCUGUUCUCUUUGGAUGUCACGGCCGUGUUUCUGAUGAACUACACCCUGAGGUGCCUUAGUCUCGACACUGUCUACGCCCUGACUGCCAUGACGAUGUCGCCGAACGUUGCAAGAAUUGACAACAGCAAAUUUAAUAUCUCCUGCGCCUCGGCUGUCCCCUGGCUGAGCCCUAAUUCCAGCGCCAACUCUACAAUGCCUCUUUUAGGGGAUGUCACUCUUGAAGAUGAUAACCAAGGGAAACCACCCAGGUACGUUGGCUACGUUCAGGGGCGGAUCAACGUUACCUUGGUAACCAAUAACAUCGGAAGGUCUUUUCUUUUGGUGCUAGCCGACAGAAUAGCUGGGGUCGAUCCCUCGAACCAGACUCAACCAUCUUCUGGUGCUCAAAGCAACCAUCAAGGUUUCAUUACCCGCAGUGACAUAAAUGUGUCUUCGGAUAACAAUGGAGCCUCCAUAGGCGCCCCGGUCUCACCAGGCUUGCCUCAGUUGCCCCCAAACACGGUUGGGAGAGCUAUGAUCAUCGUCAUGCAGUUGCCAAGACCGAUUGACACCAUUUUCCGCAUCCUCCUGUACAUCUUCAUAAUUCUGGCCACCACUGGAAUGGGAGUCAAGGUUGAGAUAUCUGUCAUCAAGGCCGUCCUUAAGAAACCAGUCGCUCCUAUCAUCGGGCUACUGUGUCAGUAUGUUGGAAUGCCUCUAAUUGCAUUUUUGAUAGCCAAGACUAUACCACAAGAUAGCGCUGCUAUCUCCCUUGGAAUAUUCACGUGCGGUAUUGUGCCAGGUGGUGGUCCUAGCAACAUGUUUACAUACUUGUUGGGUGGUGAUCUGUCCUUGUCCAUUGCUAUGACAACCAUUAGUAGCGUGGCUGCAUUAGGGCUGAUUCCCUUCUGGAUCUUCACUUUGGGAAGUCUCUUUAAAGACGACACUGUCAAUUUGAAAAUUCCUUACGAAAACAUCUUGGAAACAUUGGCAAUAGCCAUCUUACCCAUCUUUCUGGGCAUUUUGAUCAAAUAUAAGUUACCAAAAGUUGCGAAAGUCGUCACAAAAAUUCUGAAACCAGCUUUGAUGAUAGUUGUGUUGUUUAUCACGUCUCUCGGUAUUUACACUAACCUCUUCAUCUUCAAGAUGAUCAAACCCAUGACAAUCGCUGCCGGAUGUCUGCUGCCAUACAUUGGCUACAUCGUGGGCGGGCUUAUCGCCUUCCUGUGUUGUCAGUCCUGGACAAGAGUCAAGACCAUCGCCAUAGAAACUGGUAUACAGAACAUGGGCAUCGCCUUCUUGAUAGUAUAUUUAUCCCUACCUCCACCAGACAACCAGCUUGCUGUCGUGGGACCUGCCUCCUCCGCCAUCAUGACACCCCUGCCUCUGUUAGUCCUCGUGGUGUUCUAUUUCUUAUACCAACGAAGGCAGAAUACUAAGGGAGAUAAGAGCGCGGAAAUCGACGUCGUGAACAACAACGAAGAGAAGACAACUCUAACGACCAGCCAGGAAGACAACGAAAUGAGUUCGUCUACUCAAGACAAGAAAACGUCCAGAUUCAAACUGUUUAAAAAAACCAACAAGGAAGACGAGAAACGUAAAGAGGCUAAGAAAAAUGAGGCCAAGCGAUUAGCGCUAAAAAAAUUAGCAGAAGGCGAAGGUACAGCCGCCAUCAUUGUCUUGUGGCAGAAGUUGACAAAAGGCAAAGUGGUGGAGGAUCCAGGAAAAGCACUUCUGGAUCAAGAGACCAUAGUUGCUGCCCCCGAAAAGGAACUUUCGCGUGGCUCAGAGUGUGACAUAAAGCAAUGACAGUAAUCUUAGUCUUAAUAUUAAAUUUCUUUUAGCCUGUAUUAACAAGGCGCUGUUUAGAAAACCUGGAAUUCAUUUUGAGGAUUCGAUUUGUUCUUACGAUCGUAGUGCAACUACAUAUGAAACAAAGACUAUACGUCUGAAAAAAAAAUUCAGUUGCCGACUUACAUAAUUAAGAAUUUUCGGCCUGAAGCGCUCACAGAGUUGAUGUUUUUUUGCAAGUAUUAGAGAUUAAAAUUGUUGAAUGAAUUUAUUAAGAUCUAUUUUGCUUAGCCGAAGGUUUAGAGAUCCGCAUUAUAUAGUUUUGUAAGUCAAUUUGUGACUUAAUGAAAUUGAGCCUCUAAGUUUUUAGUCCUGUUGCGACUAAGAAAAUUCGCAUCGUCACAAACCUCUUUCACCUCAACAGGUGCAAUCAACAAGGCUAGUGACCAAAAGCCCUUUUCAAUAUUAUUUUGCAUGUUAAAAAGGGAGACAAGUAGUGGAAAUAUUAUUGUAGAAUCGUGGCACUGAUAUCCUUAAAGUUAUAUCGAGUCGACCACAAUAUUUGUAAGAGGUUUGAAUCAUGGAUUUUUUUCUAAGGGGUAUUUUUGUCUUUUCUUUGCACACACACACACACACACACACACAUAUAUACUUUAAAUUUACGCAGAUAACGUCCAGUACAGCCAAUGCGUUCAUUUUAUUCGGCGGUCUUUUGUACAUAGCCUAGGUUCUGUCUGGAGUUAUUACAAUGACAGAUACCCUUCCCUUGCCAGCUAGGGGGAGGGAGAAGCGCUGUGAGCGGGGUCUGGGUAGCCAAACAUUAUUUCCUGUAUAUCUGUUUAUUAGAUUGUAGCCUACGCAAAAAUACAGUCACCUAAUUUUGGAAUUGUAUCUCAAGGGUGGGGAUGGGCGACGAGGUUGAACCCCGAACCCUACCUCCUAAGAUACGCCUAUGGUUCAAAUAUAAGGUGGACAUGUGAAUGACGUACAAAUCAGGUAGACUCCAGUUUCUAACAAAUACGUAUCUUGUAAGCAAUGCUUUGUAGUAUUUUAAAGUCAUUUGCUACUUCCAUUAAUUCCGAAAAAAAAACAACAUACGAUUCAUUUGUGUACAAUAUUCAUCAUGAUUUCACCCAUAGCGUGCAUUUAAUUACGCAUGACUCAAUGUUUUCACAGCUGAGGGAAUGGCAAUGUACUUUUUGUUUUUUUAAUCAGGAAGAAAAAAUUUAAUGUACAUUUAUCCCAACAUGUUUAUUACAUAAUGUGUAAUACAUUCAACUUGUGUGAUUUUUU